AUGCUACAGCAAGGGGGAACCAGGACAACGGGUCAGAUGGACAUCAUCAUCAUUAUCACCAUCAUCAUCCACACCCUGAAAAUGAGAACCAAGCUCAACACCAGCGCUGCUGACCUGAGAUUGAAAAUCAUGGACAGACUACCAAAACCAAGUGAAGAACCUGAAAGUGUGGCAGCCAUUUUGCUACUGGCACUCAUCAUCUCCAUUUCUUUGACCAAGGCGCAGGUGGACAGCAAGUUCUCUACAGUUGAGACGGAAAUGAGCAACUUGACUCUGUCACUACAGUCUCUGACCUCCAAAAUACAGCAACUGGAGAAGCAAGGACAUGAAAUUUACUGGAAGUCUAGAGAGAUGAAGGAGGACCUAGAGACGGAACAGAGACACAUUAAUGACCUGGUUAGUCCUAUAGAAGCUCUCAGUGAUCAGAUUACUCAGCUGCAGUGCAGGCUCAAAAAACACAACAGUACCCAAGAGCAAUGUUGUCCAGUCAAAUGGAUGUUCUUUUCGUCCCACUGUUAUUUUUUCUCUGAUUAUGGAAUGUCAUGGAAUGAAGCACGAGAUAAAUGUGAGAGCACCAGAGCAGAACUGCUGAUCCUCAAGAGCAAAGAAGAGAAGGAGUUUGUGAUCAGCCGUACUACUCCUCACUACUACUGGCUGGGUCUGACUGAUGAGAGGACAGGACAGUGGGAGUGGCUAGAUGGAACACCCUAUGUGAUGGUCAAAAGUGAAUGGAUGCCCGGCCAGCCUGAUAACUGGGAGGCUCAUGGUUUGGGUGGAGGGGAAGACUGUGCUCACUUCCACAGAGACGGCAGAUACAACGAUGACCACUGCUCUCGUGACUAUCGUUUUGUCUGCAAAUCCCACGCAAUCACAUCUGAUCAGUGAACACAUACACUUAUCUCAUAACACAUAAUGCACAUAAUAAGACACAAAUGAAACGUUCAAAAAUGAACACAGUUAUUAUCUCAUAACACAUCAUUUAUUUCAUUCACUCAUUCACCUCAUCUAGAGUAAUUUGUUAAGUGGUUUCUACUCUGUACACACUGCAGUCUAAGUCUCGCAUUAUAAUUAUUCUUUUACAUAAUAAUGUAUUUUCUCCUUGUAAGAACUCUUGUGUAGGUUCAACUAAUGCACAGGAACCCUGGUAUUCAACAAAUAAUACACUUCUUACA